ACAACCACAAUGAUGUCAAAUAAGCUAUUCUGCUCCUAUUUGGCUUUCAUCGCAGUUUGCUGGGCGCUGUGUCUGUCGACGUCGGAGGCCGCGCCAUUUCCCAGGUAUCAAAACAAUGGCUACUACAAUGAGCUGGAGGAGGUGCCCGAUGACAUUUUAAUGGAGUUGAUGGCCCGUUUCGGCCAAACGAUUAUGAGAGCACGCAAUGAUCUGGAAAACUCUAAACGCACUGUGGACUUUGGUUUGGCGCGUGGCUAUUCGGGCACACAAGAAGCGAAACAUCGCAUGGGUCUGGCAGCUGCCAAUUUCCCUGGCGGUCCAGGUAGGAGGCGACGUGCUGAAACUGAUGACUAAAGUGUUGGCAAGUCCAACACAACAACUAAAGAAUACAAACCUGAUUUACUGAUUUGAAAAAUUUUUGAAUUUAUGCCGGAUUUAUUAGUGAACUCUAGAAGAAUUUGUUGAACCAUUAAAUGCAUACAAAAAAAAACACAAACCUGUGCUACAGAAACUGUUGAAAACUAAAGUGAAUAUUUUUUAUUAACCCACUUAUGUAUACUAUAUCUAUGUAUUUUUAGUACAAAAACAAAAAAACCAAAAAUACGUAUUUAUUUACAAUCUACACAGGCAUGUAUUUAUAUACAUAUACAAAUGUAUGAUAACGAAGACAAAUGUGAACAGUAUUUAACUUCAAUUUACUAUGCUUACAAGCAACUAAAUUUAAUAAAAAUAUAUGCAAAUGAAAA